UUAAAAGUCGAAUCUUUUCGUGCGGGCUUCGGGGUCUUCAGUCUGGGAGUGUGGCUGCCAGUUGGUGCCGACAACAAGGAAGUUGCGGGGUGCGUCUCUUCGUUGCGGUUGUAGAUCUGAGCGAAUGGGAGCGUAAAAGUCCGUUCUUUUAGCGGGUUCCGGUCGCUAUCGUGGGUGUUGGUCCUGCCUGUUUCGUUUUCUCUUGGUGGAUUCGAAUGUGCUUUUGUCGCUUGCUUGACCUUGAUCUGGGCUUCGUUCCGUGGAGGCAACGUCGCGGAAUUAGGCGGCGGUCGAGUCGAUUGCUUAUUAGAUGCUUAGAUUUGCUGGUUCUGUCUCGAGGUAGUGGAAAGGCUGAUUGAAAGUAAAUUGUUGUCCUGUGCUUUGGUUGCAAUUUUGGCCUCACAGUGCCAGUUGUUACAACUCAUUAUUGAUCUCUGUGGAUUUUACUAGUUUUUCGUUGGUUUGUCGAGAAAUAGUGGAGCCAGCUUGCCAAAACUCGAUGGGUUCCAGAUUUCUAUCACAUCAACUCAGCAAUGGAUUGUAUGUUUCAGGCCAGCCUGAGCCACCAAAAGAAAAACCUCUAUCAAUGAGCUCCGCAGCCAUGCCAUAUACAGGUGGAGAUAUAAAAAAAUCAGGAGAGCUUGGAAAGAUGUUUGAUCUGCAUGUGGAGAAGUCCAGAAAAUCUGGACCUCUUAAUGUUCCUCUUAAGAGUACAUCUUUUGGAGGUGCUGCUUCCCAGUCAGGCCCUAUCAUGCCUAAUUCCUCUAGCCGGUCUAGCUAUUCUGGUUCACUCUCUUCUGCAGUUCCUGGUUCCGGUCCUUCACUAGUAACUGGAGGCUCCAACAGACAGAAGUCUAAUUCUGGGCCACUUAAACAUGGGGAAGUUGUUAAGAAGUCAUCUGGUCCUCAAUCUGGAGGGGUCAUCCCAAUGGCUCGCCAGAAUUCUGGUCCGCUUCCACCGGUGCUUCCAGCUACAGGGCUUAUCACAUCUGGGCCAAUUUCAUCUGGGCCUCUUAACUCAUCAGGUGCGCCUCGAAAAGUAUCUGGCCCUCUGGAAUCUGCUGGAUCUAUGAAGCUGCAUAGCACCUUUAUUGUUCAUAACCAGGCUGUUACGAAGCUCAGCCAGGAUGAUGGCUAUUCAUUUAGUGGGAGCUUGCCCAAACUGUUCUUGUGGUGUGUGGGUUUGUUGUUCAUAAUGGGGUUUAUUGCCGGUGGCUUCAUUCUUGGUGCUGUUCACAAUGCCAUACUUCUCAUAGUUAUUCUAGUUAUAUUUGGAGUUGUUGCUGCACUUUGUAUUUGGAAUAUUUGUUAUGGAAGGCAAGCGAUGAUAGGAUUCAUUGCUCGUUAUCCUGAUGCCGAGCUGAGAACUGCAAAAGACGGGCAAUACGUAAAAGUCUCUGGGGUUGUUACAUGUGGCAAUGUCCCUCUUGAGUCAUCAUUCCACAAGGUUCCUAGAUGUGUGUACACAUCUACUAGCUUAUAUGAAUACAGGGGCUUGGACUCGAAGACUGCCAAUUCCCAGCAUCAUCGUUUUACUUGGGGAUUGAGGUCAUUGGAGAGGAAUGUGGUCGACUUUUAUAUCUCUGAUUUCCAAUCUGGGUUAAGAGCUUUGGUAAAAACUGGUGAUGGUGCUAGGGUAACCCCAUAUGUUGAUGAGUCUAUUGUUAUUGACAUCAACUCAGAAAAGGACUUGUCUCCAGAAUAUCUCAGAUGGUUGCGGAAAAGGAACCUUUCUCACGGGGAUUGUGUGAUGCAGCUGAAAGAAGGCUACAUCAAAGAGGGCAGCACAGUUAGUGUGAUGGGGGUUGUCAAAAGGAAUGACAAUGUUCUGAUGAUAGUUCCACCUUCCGAGUCAUUUUCUACUGGGUGCCAGUGGGCUAAGUGUAUACUUCCAGCAAGCCUUGAAGGAAUUGUGUUGAGAUGUGAGAACACUUCAAAAAUUGAUGUGAUACCAGUUUAGCUGAUAAAGUAUGUUGUGAUUAAAGAAAGCUAAUUAUAUAUGUCAAGUCAACUCCAGAAUUUGUUUGUUGGUUGUUGGCAUUUGCAAUAUCCCAAAUGAUGUUGUAUGAUGGAUCUUUAGAGAUGCCGUUUACUAUUCUUGGGUUCGAUUGUACAGCUUUAUGUGUCUUUCCUUUUUGUGAAUUAAGUUUGAAUAUUUUUGUAAGGAGGAUGGCUUGAUUACCUAAGCUGAGAUCUCCAAUGAUUCUUUGAAGAAUAUUGUCACUCAUUUUUCGCC